AAUUAAAACCCUAAAAUUGCGAAGAAAGCUCGUUGAAUAUCGCGCGCGAGACAAUUCUGCUAAUCGCUUUUUCUUUUUCUUUUUUUUUCCCCCCGGUAGAUUGAAGACACAAAGGUGUAGGAAUUGUCUCUUGUUAAUUCGUGGCGUACAGUAAUUACGGAUAAUUGUAUGCCGGUGUCAUACGGUGGGUCACGUGGUCGCGUGAACCUUCCUCGAUUCGAAUGUGCCUGACACCACGACAGAUUACUUGUGUGGAGAGACGUGGAGAGAAUUCUACGUAGAGAUAGAGAGAGAAACGAGAGAGAGAGAAAGAGAGAGAGAGAGAGAGAGAAGAAGAAAUUCAAGUUAGAAGAUGGAGUUAAUGCGAUUCAGGUGGACUGCAUGUGUGACAGGUAUCAUUUUGGGUCUCCUAACGGCAGUGAAACAGGUCGACGGAACGAGACCGGAAAUCGUUCUCGCAGAGGUCCUCACGAGGCCCUUCGUGCCGCGGGAGUUCGCCUCCUCCGAGUGUAUCCGCGACAGCGAGAUUUAUCUACAGGCGCUCGAGACCUACACACCUUGGGCGUUACAAAUGUUCGAUGCCUCGGUUAAAAUACCAUCAGGUGUGAUCACCGGCAAUUACAAACAGCUAGGUAAUUUUGAUGAAUGCCUACGAGUGAAGAACAAACAUGGAUUCGUUGGACAGGCCUGCACCGCUUCGGUGCAAUUCGAAAUCAACAAUACUGUUUCACGGCGCGAAUUGGACUUGGGGGACCUGCUCGCAAACGUUGCAAUCGCGUCGAACGUGAAUUGGACUUCUGGCAACUCGGUCAUAUAUGAGUGGAUGUUUUGUGUUCCAUCCACCUGCAAUCAUACAGAGAUACAGGAAGCUCUCGAGCUCGCACUGGACCCAUUAAAAGUCGAAGGUCGCGUGGACAUGACUAUCAACGUUUUGAAAGACAGGUGUCACACCGUAGAAACCAUUCGAACAACCUGGGAUGUUGCCGAUUGGUGUUAUACAGCUAUUCUUACGCUGUUGGCAUUAGUUGUUGUAGUCAGCACGGGAUACGAUAUUGCAAUACAACGGCAGGCUAUCACGUCGGAACCAAGAAGUAUUUUUAUAGCAUUUUCUUUGUACAAGAAUGGAAAAGAGCUGUUGCGGACUGACAGACGUCCGGGAUCAAUUCACUGUCUGGAUGGCUUACGUUUUAUUAGUAUAUGCUGGAUCAUUUACGGUCAUACCUAUUUUAUGGAAGCUACCAGUGUUAAAAUGAACCUCACGCACAUUCCAUAUAUGCAUUACGAUUGGAGUAAUAUGUUGGUACUGAAUGGUAACAUUGUCACGGACACUUUCUUCCUUCUGAGUGGACUCUUACUGGCUUACAACGAAUUGUCAAAGAAGGAACGAGCCGCCUUAAAGUGGCGUUUCGACGUGAUAAAACUUUAUAUUCAUCGUUAUGUGAGAUUAACACCGGCCUACGCAAUGAUGAUUGGUUUUUAUGCCACUCUGUUCUACAAAUUCGGUACAGGUCCGCAGUGGGACUCUGUGAUCGGCGCUAACAAAAACUACUGUCGCAAGAAUUGGUGGACCAACUUACUUUAUGUUAACAAUUAUGUCAACGUACCGGACAUGUGCUUGUCCCAAUCCUGGUAUCUAUCGACUGACAUGCAGUUUCUUUGGUUGUCGCCGCUUAUUCUGUAUCCUAUGUUCAAGUUUAGGACACUAUUCUUUUGUCUUAUUUUCACCGUCUUUUUUCUUCUUUCGGUCUUAGUGCCCUUCGUUACAACUUACAGCCUACAACUAACGGGCACCAUGCUCUAUUAUAAGGAACAAGAUGACUUAGCUCGAGUUUAUCUGGAAAUCUAUAUAAAGACGUACAAUAGAUUUGGGUCUUAUAUCAUUGGAUUAUUCCUUGGAUAUUGGUUACAUAAAACUCGAUCUUGUAAAGUCAAAAUACUUCCUAGGUACGUGAUACUCAGCUGGCUGAUCGCGAUUAUGAUGGGUUUCGCAGUAAUUUUCGGACCCCGAAGCAUGUAUUUCGAUACUUACACGUACAAUAGAGUGAUGGCGAGCCUCUACGCCAGUUUGCAUCGACAGGGCUUUGCAAUCUUGGUUUCUUGGAUUAUCUUUUGUUGUAUGCACGGAUACGCAGGUCCCAUCAAUUAUUUACUUUCUUGGCGUGGAUGGAUACCGCUCAGCAAAUUGACUUACUGCGCUUAUCUCUCUCAUUAUCUGUUCAUUCUGUCGCACGUCGGAGCCGUUCGAACCACCGGCAAUUUGACACAGAUGAACGUGCUGCGCGCGUUCUUCGCCAAUUUAGUGUUCACAAUGAUAAUAUCCGUGCUGUGGAGUCUCUGCUUCGAGAUGCCCUUCAUGACCAUCGACAGUAUUCUUUUCGGGCGCAAACAAAACUUGUCAAAGCUAAAUUUGAAGGCUUGCGAUUCUACGGCAUCCGGCAAGGAGAUUUGCCAGUCGAAGGAAUCUUCGAUUAUGAACGCUGGUGAUAAUAACGGAGAAUGUGGCUGUGACGUUACUCAUUAUGAUUUUAUGAAAAUUGCUCAAGAAAAUUGCGAGAAUAGCGCAGGAUACUCCAACGACAAGGCAGAAAAGAAUGUUGAUCAAGUAUAUUAUAUUAAUCCUGUUAAACGGUACGAGACGUGGUCGGCUAUAAAUUCCAAUAAUAAGAGGUCUAAUUUUGUCAAUGUCGAUCUUAGCCGUAUUUUCGACACGCACGGGCAACCGAAAGCAAGUAAUUUGCAUGCAUAAAUCACAUAUCAUUGGAGACGCCGUCUGACUAAAAAAAUUGAUUAAAAUGAAGGUUCGAAUGAUUGUUAGAGCGAGAGAGCUUGAUAAAUUCUACUUUUUGUUUCAAAAUGUGCAGGCAUAGGCACAAUAGACGUAUAAUUAUUAGAAUGUGUAUCCUUGUGUCUUUCACGUCAAAACACGUCACAAAUUAGAUACAAAAACGUGCUGUACGAUCACCAAUCACUAUUAUCUUUUUCAAAUAACUGGCUUAGACAAAAAUGGAAUUGUGAUACAAAGUGUGCUGUCUUUUUUUAAUUUGUGAUUCUUUUUUCCAGCCGAAUGUGCUGUCUAAUUAUUAUACAUCUAUAGUUAUUAUAUACCAUGAGUAUAGAAAUAGCUGAAUGGAAUAAGUGCGUGGAAGAUAAAAAUGAUACUAGAAAUGUAGGAUGAAGAUUGACCAUUCAAGAUAACGGCAACGGUAUAAAAGGAGUAGGAUUUUAUUUUUUUUAAGCUGUGAAUCUUCUAUUCCUUCAGUUCAAUCAAUUGAUAAAAAAUUAAAUGACAAAGUCUUUUACAAUAAUUGAACAAAUAUAUAAGAUCUAUAACCACAUUGUAUGAUAGUUUUCGCGUAUGUGAACGUAACAGUAAGCCAGUUAAAAAAUAUUGAGCAUAUGUUUCGUACAUUUUUAGAAAAAAGGAUAGAAGAUACAUUUAUUGUGUUUCCCUCUAAGAGAAAGGCGUAUCCAGUAAUAUAAGAUCUAUGUUAAAAUGAAAAAGUAUAAGUGAAUAAAAUCGUUUAACAAAGAUUUUAUUGACAAAAUGAAACCGAAGAAUCAAUGUUGAGAAACAGUGGUUAAAAUAUUGAUUGAAUUUAAUCUAGUCUAGUUUAUGAUUAUUAUUGAUUAUUACUUAAAUUUAUGAUUAUUAUUAUUUGAAUAAUUAUGUGAAAUAAAUUGCGUUAACAAAGUUUAUAUAAAAUACAAUAAGUGUUUAAAUGUAUCCAUUUUUAAUAAGAGAGAAUAGAAUAAGAGUAAAAGUGAUGUGAUUUUAUAUAAAUUUUAGAUUUUAUAUAAAUGAAUAGACAAGGAAGCAAGACACACACAUAACAAAUACACAGAAACAAUUUUCUUUUAAAAUUUGUCUUUAAAAUCAUGUAAUCGUAGAGCAACAUAAACAUUGAAAAAUUUUACUAUAAUUUAUAAUUUUAAGAGAAAAUUCUCUCUGUGUAUAGUUUAAAAUAAACUAGAAAUAUACAUCGAUAGAUAUAUCGAUAAAUAUACAUUUGUAAAAAUCUUUACUACAGAGAGAAUUAAAGUAGCAUUUGUAUUUUUAAGUAACAAUAUAUAAGAGAAUUAUUUUUUAAUUAAUGAAUUUCUUAUUUUAUUGAUAGUAAUUAUUGUGAUAAAGUAAAAUAAUGUGUUAUUAUUAAUUAAAAAUUACGUAUAUUAUAGAAAAAAUGUUUGUGCAAAGAGAAUAUAUAUAAUUAUUUGAUAUGAGUGUUGCCGAUUUCUCGGUGCCAGUUGCAGUAUUAAUUGAGAGAGAGUUAGAGUUAAAAAAUGCACAUUUUACUUUACAUUGAGAAAAUGAAGAAAUUUUACAUAAUUUAUUCUUUCUUAUAUUUUUAUAUUCUUAUUGAUAGCAACACAGUUAAUUUAUAAAAGUUUAAAAAGCGUUAAUUUUAAUCGGAAGUUUAAGCUGAAAAAAAUAAACGUUAAGAGGAUGCUAAAUAACUUAAAAGUUAGAAGUUUUUUAAAUUAUUUAAUAAGUUAUAAAAAUGACUUAUAAGAUUUAUAAUGUUUAAAAUUGUUUACAAUUAUUUUACUAAUUUAAAAUAUCGUUUAUUUACAAGCAUUUCGAUGGUUUAAUCAAAUUACAUUAAACAUAAAUUGUCCGCUUGAAAAAUUUUUUUUUCUCCAACUCUCACAAGCACUUCUUAUUUUUACUAUCAAAUUGUUUUAGCAUUUUAGCGUAUUAUAAUUGUAUACUUUUAGUGCGUAACAUAUCUCUAGGAAGAUAUUUGUUUAUAUUGUGUCUACUUAAUAAAGAAUAUUAAUUGUUAAUAAUUUGCUGAUAAGAGUACAAAUUUGAAUGUUUUGAUAAAACCUAUUCAUUGAAUGCUGAAUUGAUCACUGAUCAAGUCGAACAAAUCUGAAAUAAAGUUUGUUGUUAAUA